AUGCGGCUACGCCCAAACCGUGACAGGCCAGUCGAAGGAAUCGCCGGGGGACGUAGAUGCGCAGGAAGACUGGACCAGGAGGAAAUGUCGGACGAGGAGGAUGAUGAUCCGCUAUGCCCAACAAUACGUCUGUCGAAGGCGGAGAUUCGACAGAUCAGGGCGCCAUGGAGGUUGGCGAUUAUCGUCAAAGGUAUGGGUAGAUCGAUCGGGUACACGUACUUACUGCGCCGGCUGACGUCCAUGUGGAAACCGAAGGGAAAGAUGGAGCUAAUCGCGAUUGACAACGGGUACUUCAUAGUGCGGUUUGGAGUGGUAAAAGACCUGGAACAUGCCAUUUUUGAGGGUCCAUGGAUGGUCAUGGACCAUUAUUUGAUCGUCAAACCAUGGAUGCCAGACUUUGAUCCGUUCUCAGACGUCACAGAAAAGGUCCUAGUAUGGUUAAGAAUUCCUUGUCUACCUGCUGAGUACUAUAGUCUAAUCUUUCUCAGGAAAUUGGGGAACAGGGUGGGAAGAACGAUCCGAGUUGAUCAAGCCACAAGCAUGAUGUCACGAGGGAUGUUCGCCCGAAUAUGCGUUGAAGUUGAUAUAUCAAAGCCAUUGAUUUCGAAGUUCAAGUAUAAGGGACGUGUGAGAUCGCUGGCUUAUGAGGGCAUCCAUUUGGUGUGUUUCAAAUGUGGUAUUUAUGGACAUACACCUGAUGAUUGCCCCAAAGCAGUCAGACCUGCGAAUGCAUGCGAUGAUGCUCCGAACAGAGAGACGGAAUGCAAAGGCUCAGGGGAAUCACGUGGAGUUAUAAUCGGAGCAGAACCGUUUGGCGCAUGGAUGAUUGCGCCAAGGCGAAAAAGCAGAAAUGGGGGUCGAAAACAUGAGAAAUCCAACUAG